CAGAUUCUCGGCUGUCGUGCUCCCCAGAUCUUGCCAUGGUGAAGGCGGGAGAGUUGGUGGAUCAGCAAAAGGCUGCGAUGGAGGAAAAGGAAGAGGAGGAGGAAGAGGCGAAUGCAGAGGCGGCGGAGGAUCAGGAGGAGCCCGAGGACGCGGCCUGUAGCAGCAGCAGCAGCAAGAAGAAGAAGGUAGUUCCGGGGAUUGUUUAUCUAGGCCACGUCCCGCCGCGAUUCCGGCCCCUUCACGUACGCAACCUGCUCAGCGCCUACGGCGAGGUGGGACGCGUUUUCUUCCAGGCCGAGGACCACUUUGUGAAACGCAAGAAGAAGGCAGCCGCGGCUGCAGGAGGAAAGAAGGGAGCUAAGUACAGCAAGGACUAUACCGAAGGCUGGGUGGAGUUCCGAGACAAAGGUGUAGCCAAGCGAGUGGCAGCCAGUCUACAUAACACGCCCAUGGGCGCCCGCAAGCGCAGCCCCUUCCGUUACGACCUGUGGAACCUCAAGUAUUUGCAUCGUUUUACUUGGUCCCACCUCAGUGAACACCUUGCCUUUGAGCGCCAAGUACGAAGGCAACGCCUGAGAGCAGAGGUCGCCCAAGCAAAGCGAGAGACUGAUUUCUAUCUUCGAAACGUAGAACAGGGACGACACUUCCUUGCAGCUGAUGGGGAUGCUACUCGGCCAAAUAGCUCCUGGACAUUCACCCAGCGUCCCACUGAGCAGGAGUUUAGGGCCCGGAAAGCAGCACGGCCAGGAGGGCGGGAAAGAGCGCGGCUGGCUAAUGUCGAGGACCAGGCCCGAUCCAACAGAGGGCUCCUUGCCAAGAUCUUUGGAGCCCCUCUACCUGCAGAGAGCAAGGAAAAACCGUAGGACUCCUGGUGGUGGAAGAAAUACCUACCAGCCCUGCACCAUUUUGAUCUGCUUCCUGAAGAGUGUGACCAUCUAGGCAGAUGUUUUCUCUAUUCCCCACACCAAGAGUCUGGUAAAGGUCUUUUGUUGGUGUCUUUUACCUACUUUGAACAAAUCCUGUAAGUGCCAGCCUGAGAACCUUACUCGUCCUAUCCAGGGUGAAGACCCCUGUAGGUGCCUGUUGUGUUUUGUUUGAUUUCUGAUUGCCUGACUCUUUCUCAGUGGACAGCUAACAGUUUCUGACUGAAAGAGUGGACUUGCCCGCCACUAGGGUCGUGGUCUGUGGUGUUUGUUCACUGUGGUGGAAGGCUGAAUUAACAGGAAUUGGAUUGGUGGUCCAAUUUGAGGCUUAUAUUUGAAAAUAAAAAAUAAUUUAUUUUUAUA